CUACGGCUGUUGUUGUUGGUAUGCUCCCGUUUCCAGCGUAUAGGAAAGAGAGGAGAAAGCAAGGAGAGAGAAUUUGCAGUGGGGAUUCAGAUUUCAGACUUCUUCAGAGGUGUCCUGUAAAAAGUUGUCAUUUAGAAUGUUUCUUCAGGGCCAAGGCCAAGGCCAGUAAGAGAGGAGAAAGACAAAGUAAACAACAACAGAGAUAGAUCAUAUAGAUCUGUGUAUGAGAAAGAGAAAUAUAGACAAGGAAACACAGAGAAUGCCAGGAAGCUUAGAGCCAUUGGACACAGCGGUACAGAUCCCAUACCACUUCAGAUGUCCAAUCUCGCUGGAGCUCAUGCGCGAUCCUGUCACGGUGUGCACCGGUCAGACCUACGACCGAUCCAGUAUUGAGUCAUGGGUCGCCACCGGCAACACCACCUGUCCCGUCACCCGCGCCCCUCUCUCCGACUUCACCCUCAUCCCCAACCACACCCUCCGCCGUCUCAUCCAGGACUGGUGUGUCGCCAACCGAUCGCUCGGGAUUGAGCGCAUCCCCACUCCGAAACAACCCGCCGAUCCCGCCCUCGUCCGCACUUUGCUCGCCCAAGCCGCCUCAAACUCUAGCACUUCCCACUCACGCCUCUCCGCCCUUCGCCGCCUUAGAGGACUGGCUCGGGAUUCCGACAAGAACCGCUCUGUCAUCUCCGCAAGCAAUGCCCCGGAUACGCUCCUUCCCAUCGUCUUUGCCGCCGAUAAAGAGAGAGAACCAGACGAGUUGACUCACGAAUCUCUCGCGCUACUCGUCAUGUUACCGCUUGUCGAGUCUCAGUGCGAAUCCGUAGCUUCACAACCGGACCGAGUCACCUUUCUCGCUUCCCUUCUCUCUCACUCUUCUAUCGAGGUCCGCGUCAAUGCUGCUGCACUCAUUGAGAUCGUGGCCGCAGGGACUCGGUCGGUUGAGCACCGGAUCCUAAUUGGCAAUGCCGAUGGGGUGAUGGAAGGAAUAACCAGGAUACUAAGCAACCCGUUAGCUUACCCUAGAGCCCUCAAGGUGGGGAUUAAGGCCUUGUUCGCUUUGUGCUUGGUGAAGCAAAGCCGACACAAGGCGGUGUCGGCCGGGGCAGUUGAUGCGCUAAUUGACAGGUUAGCCGAUUUCGAGAAGUGCGACGCAGAGCGAGCCCUGGCGACCGUGGAAUUGCUCUGCCGGAUCCCAGAGGGCUGCGCGGCGUUUGCGGAACACGCGUUGACGGUUCCUCUUCUAGUGAAGAUCAUCCUGAAGAUAUCGGAUCGGGCGACGGAGUACGCAGCGGGUGCUCUGUUGUCGCUUUGCUCUGCGUCAAAGCAGCUGCAGAGAGAUGCAGUAGCGGCGGGAGUGGUGACGCAGUUAUUGCUUCUUGUGCAGAGUGAUUGCACGGAGAGAGCGAAGCGCAAGGCGCAGUUACUGCUUAAGCUUUUGAGGGACUCAUGGCCCGAUGAUUCAAUCGCCAAUUCUGACGAUUUUGGUUGCAGUGAUGUUUCCCCAUUUUGAUUCUUCAUCAUCAAACUCCACUUCUAUUUUUCUUCAAAAAAAAAAAACAAAAAUUAAUGAUUUAUAGUUGGGUGUAUAAACAUCUGUAUGUAUGUAUCUCUUUGUAUGUAAGAAUUUUGUUUAGAAAGAACAGAGCAAGAGAGAAAGGUCUAAUUGUAAUUUUGUCUUUAAGUUACAGCCACUAGAAUGAACGAGUUAAAUUAACGAUGAUGCUUGGUUUCACAAA